UAGAGGAGGUUUAGACUAAUACAGUGCAAAAAGAGCUGGGAUUUGGCCAGGAAUCUGGGGUUUGUACUCAGAAGAAAACCCAGGGAGUUAGGAGGAGUUAGGAGGAGUUUUGAUGGUGGCGCUGGAACAGCUUCAAGGAGGAGAGAACCAGCUGUAAUCGGAUUGGUGAUGCAAGAUGACAGCUCUAAGGUGUGAAAGUAGCGGAGUUGAUUGCCUGUAAGGAUCAUGGAGAUCUGUAAGGAUUCCAAUAAUGAAGGGGGAAUUAUCUAGUUUGUGGACUGGCCCUACAUCUUUUUGUGUGAGUUCAGUGGGAAGUCUGCAACAUGGACUGGUUUCAUUGCAAUCAGUGUUUCGUUCAGGAAGGAACCGAUUUUUGUCUCACCAGCUGUGGAGAUAUAUUUUGCAAAAAAUGCGCUGGUACAGAUAAAUGCCCGUUUUGUGGAAUAAGCUGCAAAUAUUUGCUUCUCGAUGAUAAUUUGAAACCAGAAGUAAAGAAGUUUUUCAAAAACCCUAUGGACCUUGUGCUCAAAUAUAUUGACAAUAUUUCUCAGGUGUGGACGUUCCAGAAGGGCCAGAUGGAGCUACUGACCUCUUUCUACAAAAACAACGCUUCAAAAGCCGAGGGAGCCCUGCAGCGGGCGCACGAGAAACUAGCCGCUCAGGAAAAGGAACUGGAGACAAUAAGGAAAGAGAAUAAGGAGCUGAAGAGGAUGUACCUAAACUUCACAAAGGCUUCUCCAAGGCACCGCCAAGUAAACAGAAACAGUACCCCGAGACCGGUUGCCGUCACCCCUCCAUCACACACAGUUACACCACGACGUAGCUUCCAGCACUCCAGUGAAGUGGUCAGCCGUUCUUCUUCCAUGGACUCUCUGCCCUUUCAAGGAAACCAUCCACCGGUCUUCCAACGUGCUGCAGGAGCUGUCCAGAUUACCCCAGGCAUCAUGACCCCGGCUGACUCUGGCAUCGCGACUCCCUCUCCAGUUUCCACUCAAAGUUUAUUCUAUAGGCCAUCUUCUUCCUCUACGCACACCCCUAGCUUGAAUGUCUUCAACCUACAGCCCCCCGUAAUGAGGCCAAGUCAGAGCGCAAGCUACAGUGGACAGCAACAGGAAACUCCAAAUGUCAGCUUUAACGUAUUCUCCGAUCACAUGGAGAGGGCUCCUAUGCCGGAAUAUCCCAGCACUGAAAGACUGCAGCCCAUGCAGCUGAGAUUCACCCCUCACUCUACCCCAGCUUUUCAUAGCAGAUUCCACUCCAUCAGCAGAGUCCUCCAGCAAUAAUACGGAGCUAUCUCAGCAGCACUCUCUAGUUUGCAUGUGUCAAUGGCCACACAAACUCUUACAUUUCAGAGUGACAGAAAAGCUGUCCAUUACCAGUACCUAAAUUUUCUUGUCCUCUCCCUCCCCCUCCCCUUACACUCACAUUCUAUUGGAAGAAAUCUGUAUAAGGGGUGGACUUGGCUUUUGGGUUCAGCGGUCGUAAUUCUUACCUAGACUCUAUUACAGCACGUUAAGAGUGGUAAAA